ACUUUGAGAUGACAUUUGAUUUCUGCAAUAGACUUUAAUACUCCGGGGGCGGCGAGGGGACUCCGUGACUUGGAAUGUGGUUUGUGGCGGGUGCUGGAAAGGGGCCGAUGUUGAAGGCGGCUUCGGGGCUGUUUGAGUCUGGGGCAGCCUGGAGCGGCGUCGUGUUUACAGGAGAGGACCGAGGAAGCGGGGAAAGGCCGUUUCUGUGGGCGGUGACAGCCGGGCUCUGCACUUUCUUCCCAGCCGGAGAGGAAGGCGUUGGGAGAUGAUGGAGGGGGCCAUCGGAGUAUGGUUGCCUGGCAGUGGAUCUUAUUUUCCUGCUCCUUUGCAUUUCUGGUAAAUUUUGAUUGGAUGUCAGACAUUGGCAGUUUUACGUUGUUAUUUGCUGAAUUUUCUUCUAUUUCUUGAAUGUAAUUAAGUUACUUGGAAAUGGUUCAACUCAACUGAGGUUUGCUUUUAAACUUCUUGUUAGAUGCUGGCAUCUUAGAAUAAGGCAGCUCCUUUAAUGGAAAAAAAGUAGAUCUUAAGUCCAGAAAUUCAUCCUUGCUUAGGACACCCUUGAUGAGACAUUACCAGAAUUUCAGGACAGAUACUAAAAUUGCUGGCCAUUUCCUGAAAGCUGCUGAAAAUGACUGAGCUGCAGGGCUUAUUGACAUUCAAUGAUGUGGCCAUUGAUUUCACCUGGGAGGAGUGGCAGCUAUUAGACCCUGUUCAGAAGAACCUUUACCAGGAUGUAAUGUUGGAAAAUUAUAGCAACUUAAUGUCAUUGGGUUAUCAAGCUACGAAGCCAGAAGCAGUGAUCCAGUUGGAGAAAGGAGAACAAGGAACAAUAGAGAGGGAAUUCCCAAGUCAGUGCAGUCCAGAAGUAAUUUGGCAAGUUUAUGAUUGGUAUCGGGAAGAUUUUGAGAGAGAUGAACCUGUGGAGAGAGAUUGUAAAAAUAAUACAUUGAGAAAAAUAUUUUCUCCGAGCAACUUUGUUCCAUUCAGAGAAAGACCCUGUAAAUGUGACUCAAGAGGAUUAAGUUUGAAACAAAAUUCAGAUUCAAAUUUUCCAAGUAAAAACCAUGCAGAAAUGAACUCUGAUGAAUUAAAUGCUCAGGAGGAAUCAGUUUUCUGUACUGAACAUGAAAACUCCCACCCUCAAGGCCAGUACUAUGAACGUAAUUUAUAUGUAAAGGCUUUCAGCAUGGCGACAAAUUUUAAAAGACGUCACAGAAUUCACACAGAAAGGAAACCUUAUGAGUGCAGUGAAUGUCAAAAAUCCUUUCGAUAUAAGUCAAAGCUUACCAUACACCAGAGAACUCAUACAGGAGAGAAGCCGUACAGAUGCAGUGAAUGUCAAAGAGCAUUCAGUACAAAAUGUCAUCUCACUCUGCACCAGAGAACUCAUACAGGAGAGAAACUGUAUGGAUGCACUGAGUGUCAGAAAGCCUUCAGAACAAAGUAUCAUCUCAUCCUACACCACAGGAUUCAUACAGGAGAGAAGCCCUAUGAAUGUAAAGAAUGUGGAAAAGCUUACCGGGAGAAGACAAAGCUCAGAUUACAUUACAGAACACAUACAGGAGAGAAACCUUUUGAGUGUAGCGAUUGUGGAAAAGGUUUUAUGCAGAAGUCAAAUCUGAUUAUCCAUCAAAGAAUUCAUACAGGAGAUAAACCCUAUGGAUGUAGAGAAUGUGAAAAAGCCUUCUGUAGUAAGUCUCAGCUUGUUGUUCACCAGCGAAUUCAUACAGGAGAAAAAUCCUAUGAAUGCAAAGAAUGUGGGAAAGCCUUUAAUAAAAACUCACACCUCAUAACACAUCAGAGAGUUCAUACAGGAGAGAAGCCUUAUGAAUGCAGUGAAUGUAGAAAAGCUUUUAUACACAUAUCACAGCUCAUUGUACAUCAAAGAGAUCAUACAGGAAGAAAACCUUAUGAAUGCAAGGAGUGUGGAAAAACCUUUAAUAAAAAGUCACACUUCAUAACACACCAAAGAAUUCAUACAGGAGAGAAGCCUUAUGAAUGCAGUGAAUGUGGAAAAGCUUUUAUAGACAAUUCACAGCUUGUCGUUCAUCGAAGAAUUCAUACAGGAGAGAAGCCUUAUGAAUGCAGUGAAUGUGGAAAAGCUUUUAUAGACAAUUCACAGCUUGUCGUUCAUCGAAGAAUUCAUACAGGAGAGAAACCUUAUGAAUGCAGGGAAUGUAGGAAAGCCUUUAAUAAAAAAUCAUCCCUCAUAACACAUCAGAGAAUUCAUACAGGAGAGAAGCCUUAUGAAUGCAGUGAAUGUGGAAAAGCUUUUAUAGACAAGUCACAUCUCAUUGUCCACCACAGAACUCAUACAGGAGAGAAACCCUAUGAAUGUAGUGAGUGUGGAAAAGCUUUCAUACGAAAGGCAAUGCUUAUUGUACAUCAGCGAACACAUACAGGAGAGAAGCCCUUUGUUUGUCUUGAAUGUCAAAAAGCCUUUAGCAGUAUGGCAAUGCUUAGUAGGCAUCAGUUGAUUCACACAGGAGAGAAACCCCAUGGAUGCAAUGAAUGUGGAAAAGCCUUCCGCCAAAAAAGUCAUCUUAUUAUCCAUCGACGGUGCCAUACUGGAGAAAAGCCCUAUGGAUGCAUUCCAUGUGGUCAGAUCUUCAACCAGAAGUCACAGCUCAUUAGACAUCAGAGACAUCACACAGGAGAGAAAGCAUAUUAAUGGAGUCAGUAUGGGAAAUCCUUUUUUGAGAAGUAGUGCCUUAGUGUUCAACAGAGAAAUCAUGCAGAGAGAAACUUUAUCUGUGUAGUGAAUGUGGGAAAACUUUCUCUGUCAAAAUUCUUUCUCACUUCCCAUUAGGAAAUUCAUACAAAAAAGAAAUGUCAGGAACACAGUGCUGGAAAGACUUCAGUGAGAUGUCAAAUCUCAGUGAAUAUAAGAGAAUUCACACAAGAGUGAACCCGUGAAUGCACAGAAAGUUGGGAUACUUUCCCAUUAAUUUUAGCCUUUAGAAUCAUCAGAAAACUUAUCCAGGAGAGAGAUCUUUUAAAUGCAGUGAACAUGGAAAAACUGUCUCCCAACAAUGUAGCCCCAUAUUUCAUUAGAGAAAGACAGUAUGAAUCAAUUGAAAGGUAGAAAUCUUUAGAAGAUAAAUACCAUUAUAUGUCAUGAGAAAUGAAAUCUUGUUGGUACAACAAAUAUUUUUGCAUAGGCCAUCAUAAAAUAGGCAAUUUUUGAGGAAAAACCUUAUGAAUGCUGCGACUCAUGGGUUAUCUUCCAAACAAGUGAAUUUUCCUAACAAAGAAUAUAGAGGACUAAAGACUUGUGGGUAGGAAUGCCUCUGGCAUAAAGUCUAAACUCAGUGUGCAUCAGAAUGUUUAUUGAGGAGAAAUAGUAAAGUGUAAUAAUAGUUAUUUGCAUAUAACUGUGAUUUACAUAUAAAUAAUUUUAUAAUAAAAGUUUUGAUCCUGCCAUAUUAUCAUAUAUUUAUAGAAAACAUAACACAAAGUAGUUGAUUAUGAAAAGCAGGAAACUUCAGUAUGCUAAAUGACACUUUGUUACAUGUCUGAAUAUGUGAUAGUCAAAGCAGUAACUUAAGGUCCUAGAUGUAUGUGUUUGCUUUGUGUCUUAGUGUUUUUUGUAGAACAUGUAUAUAAUGAUUUUCAAAUUUUAUGAGGUGAUGAGAGAAAGUGAUCUAUAAUGGAAUUCUUAUUUCAGUUUGUAUGUGUAGUUUUCAACAGAAUGCAACAUCCUUGUAAAUUUUUAUAUAUCAUAUAAAUUGCAAUGGAAACAAUCAUGUUUAAGUUUAAAUAAGAACUCUAAUACCAAUGUAUUUUUUUCUCUACUCAUAUAUGUACUUUAUUCAUAUAUGCAAAUGAAUCUGGUAGUUAUUUUUAUGCCAUUUGAAUAAGUUUUGAAAACCAAAUUGUCUUCUAGUUAUCAGUCAGAAAAAAAUCCAUUAAAAAUAGUGAGGCUUAAGAGUGAUUAGUAAUUGCAACUAUUCUGUCCCCAGCUGAGUUUUGAAAAAGUAGAAGCUGUUGUUUUCAAAGAAAUGAAGAUUAAAGUGUCACCUCUGUUGGUGGUAUUGUUCAAAUGGGGAAUGUGGUUUGUACAUAUGAUCAGAUGUGCUUUUCACUGCUUCCCCCAGAAAACCUAGUAUAUUGUUUCCUAGGGCUGUUGUAACAAUGUACUACAAACAGGGUGGCAUAAAACAACAAAUUAGGCUGUAAGUCUGAAACCAAGGUGUUGGCAGGGCCAUGCUCCCUCUGAAAGCUGAAACCUUCCUUGCAUAUUCCUAACUUCUGUUGAUUUGCUGGCAAUCUCUGGCAUUAUUUGCAUAACUCCAAUCUCUAUCUUUGCAUUCACAUGUCUGUCUACAUCUGUGUCUUCACAUUGUCAUUUUAUAAGGACACCAGUCAUAUUGGGUUAGAAAUCCAUUGUACUUCAUUAUGAAUUACUUCUUUAUUUUUAUAUCAUGCUAAAAUAUAUAUAAGGAUUGCCAUUUUAAGCAUUUUUAAACAUAAAAUUGUGGGGAAUUAAUUACAUUCACAAUGCUGUCUUACCACCACCAUCUCAAUCUAUUUCCAGAACUUUUUUGUCAUCCUAAAUGUAAACAUUGUGCCAUUAAGUAAUAACUUCACAUUAUUCCUAACCCUCCAGUUUCUGGUAACCUCUGAUCUACUUCUGUCUAAGAAACUUUUGAUCUCAUCUGCAACUACUCUGUUUCCAAAUAAGGUCAUAUUUUGAAGUACUGGAGGUUAGGACUUCAACAUAUCUUUUUUUGGGAGGUGGGACACAAUUCCAUCUACAACAUCUUGUAACUUGGAUGUAACUCCAUGAAGACAGCCUGAGAAAAGAUCCAGGCAGAUACUCACACUCAUCAUGCCUCUGCAGUGCAGACUGAGAAAAAACAAUUUGCAUAUCUGCUUUUUGAAGUAUGCUCUGGAUCCCAUACCAAUGGUGCUUAGCAGUGUAACAGCGGAUAGGAGAAGAAACAUCUCAUUUUGCUGACAAGCUAACCCAAACAGAAAAAGGAGUAUAGACUGUGUGUAACAACUAUUUUGAUAAUGCACAAAUGUGAUAUUUUAUUCAUAGCAGUAGCUAUUUCUUGCACUUGCUAUUUCUGUAUUGCUUGGAAUUCUCUUUUACUCCUCUUAAUAGUUUACUUUUUAAUUGUUGAGAAUUCUUCAGAUUACUGGUAUGAUUUCUCUCCUGCUGAACCCUGAUAAAAUACCUUUUAUUAAAUUUGAAAAAUAUA